CCGGCUGGCGGCCAUGUGACCCCGAGGCCGGGCCGGGCCGGGCCGGGACCGUGGGCCAGGCAGGCGGGCGGGUGCAGGGUGGCGGCUGGUGGCGGCGGCAUGGAGCGGAGGUGGGUCUUCGUGCUGCUCGACGUGCUGUGCGUCCUGGUCGCCGCUCUGCCCUUCGCCACCCUGACCCUGGUGAACACCCCAUACAAGCGAGGUUUUUACUGUGGAGAUGACUCCAUCCGUUACCCCUACCGCCCAGACACCAUCACCAACGGGCUCAUGGCCGGCGUCACCAUUACGGCCACCGUCCUCCUCGUCUCGGCUGGGGAAGCCUACCUCGUCUACACAGACCGCCUCUACUCUCACUCUGACUUUAACAACUACGUGGCCGCCGUCUACAAGGUGCUUGGGACCUUCCUGUUUGGGGCAGCUGUGAGCCAGUCACUGACCGACCUGGCCAAGUACAUGAUCGGCCGCCUGCGCCCUAGCUUUCUGGCUGUCUGUGACCCUGACUGGAGCCGGGUCAACUGCUCAGUCUACGUGCAGCUGGAUGUGUGCAGGGGCAGCCUUGCCAAUGUCACUGAGGCCAGGCUGUCCUUCUACUCGGGACACUCCUCCUUCGGGAUGUACUGUAUGACAUUCUUGGCGCUCUACGUGCAGGCCCGGCUCUGCUGGAAGUGGGCCCGCCUGCUGCGGCCCACGGUCCAGUUCUUCUUGGUGUCCUUUGCCUUCUACGUGGGCUACACCCGUGUGUCUGACUACAAACACCACUGGAGUGACGUUCUCGUUGGCCUCCUGCAGGGGGCGCUGGUGGCCAGCCUCACAGUCCGGUACAUCUCAGACUUCUUCAAAGUCCGGCCCCCUCGGCCCUGCCUGGAGGAGGGGGAGGAGGAAGUGACACGGAAACCCAGCGUGUCACUGACUGUGACCCUCUCCGAAGCUGAGCACAACCACUAUGGGUUUCCGGUGUCCUCCUCCUGAAGUGGGGCCUCAAGCCAGCUUGCUCAUUGUCCCUCUGCCCUCGAGAUGGGCAGUGUAGGCUGUGGAUGGGCCCUGGUCCCUGUGACUGUGGUGGCCCGCGGAGCCCGCUGCCCCACUCCUUCUGGGCCGCGCGUCUGUGCCUGGCCAGCCCUCCUGCUGCUGUGAGCUUGCAGGGCCCCAGGAAUGGAGUAAGCUGCUUCUGCAGGACUUCUGGUUUGAGUUGCACACGAGGGCCCACAGGUAAUGAUGGCCCAGGCUUGCAGAGUGUGGAGGUGAGCGUGGUCACGUUCAAUGCAGUGCAGCUGCACCGGGGGCCACGGUGACUCCUGUGGCCCUGACCCUCCCGCUGCUGCAGAUUCAAGCAUCUAGCCCCGCCCCUGAAGCAGGAGCCAGGGGCUGGUGCCCCCCAGUGAGCCAGAACUUUCAAGGCUUACGCUUUCAACGGGUGGGUGAGCCAUAAACUUAAUUUUUUACUAAACA